GUUCUACCCUGAAAACGUACGGCUGAUAAUGUCCCAGGCGACGCCGUAGCACUGGAUCUUCUGCUGAUGUAGCCGAAUGCCCUGACGCUGGCAAGACCGGCCCCAGCAUGCCGACUACAAAUUCCGCUCCAGCCAGUGUCCGACCUAGACGGAAUACAGCAAGAACGUCCGCUAGAGAUCCCUGGGGAGAGGAAAAGCUUCUAACCAGUAUGAAGUCGCCUCUUAUUGAUAUAGAUCUUGUGAAAUUACUCGCGAAGCCCGAAGCAUGGAAUUGCCUUGACGAAGUUGAGAAAAGACAAAUUCUAGACUUGCUCCCAGAUCACAUACAUCCUAUCCCGGACCCUCCCGGAGAGGACGGCACAGAAGCCAAGAUACCACCACUACCGGAAUCCUUCCUACGUUAUUCCAACCAUUGGCGAAAUGGCGUGCGUCAGUUCCAAGUCGAUUUAGAGAACGGUCGCUACGACCCAGAGUGGUUGCGCCAGGCCGCGGAGGCCAGCCAAGAGAGAGCAGAGGGGCGUUUCGACAAAUUCAAGGAAGAAGAGUUUGAGCAGUUCUGGGGGCAAAAGCAGAAGUUGAAUUACUCUGUUAUCGCUGGAGAAAGUUCCCGGGUGAAAUUGGUGACAUUGAUCGAAGAGGGGCUCGUCCGAGUUGGCGAUGUUUGGAAGUAUUCACGCAGUUUCGGCAAAGGGGGUUCCAGAAUUUUAGUCGAAAAGGAGGCCAAGAUUAUGGAGAUCAAUGGGGCAACCCUCUCGUUUGUUAUCCCUCCCGGCCAGCGCGUCUUCGUUCCGCAAACACAAAGCCCGGUGACCCAUGAAUCACCUCGAUCUAACAGUAGUACAGACCACGAAGUACACGCUGAAAAUGAAGCGAGUGUCGUCAUUGCUACAGACAAAGAGAUGUCCACGCCUCCUGGCGGGAAAAGGAAAAACAGAAAUUCCAUGAGAUCCAGGCCUGAAGCCCCAAAGAGAUCACGAAGGAAUAAACAGGAUCAGAACUGUACAGAGAGCCAAUUCCAAGCCAAGGAAGAUGAGGAAGUCCUCCCCAUUUCAGAGUCUGAAAAGGAAGAAACACCUGCGACGAUGCAGAACAGCAACCAAGAAGCCGAGUCCGGUGCCAUAGAAGCCUCCUCCAACCCAUCUGAUAAAGAGCCUGAACAGCGUGGGCAGCAGGUGAAAGAUGAGCUAUCUUCAAGUUCGAACGUCUCGGUGAUACAAGUGCCAAAUAUCACUGGGCCUCAGGCCCUUGUGACCCGGAUCCUGAAAACUGACGGCCGCAUCACUCAUCCUCCAAACGGGAAUGCUUGGAAAGAAAUUCGUUGCUACAGGAAUAAUCAGGAUAUGGGCAGUCUUUGGGAAAUAAGAGAAACUUGGUUCGUAAAGCAGAACUAG